AUGACGGUGGACCGGGCGCGGGGCCUGGCUUGGACGGGGGGAGGGUCCUGGCAUGCGCCCGUUGGAGGACGCGUGGCCAUAGCCCAGGUUAUGGCUGGCAAGAACGUGCUGGUGGCCGCCCAUGGUAACUCAUUGCGGGCGAUUUGCAAAUACCUUGAGGCGUGGUUCACAGAUGCGAACGGGGUCUCCCCAAAAUUUGGUCGCGCACCCGUUCACUUGAAAAGUGGCGACCUGCUUUUUUCAGAUGACGGGGCUUCAAUUCCCUUAAACACGGGGGGAAGACCUCCAUACAUGCGAUUCGGUGAGGGUUGCCUCGUUUCGCUGUCACAUGGUCCGUCAAGUUUCGCCUAUUUUGAUUCAGGAACCACCGACAUAUCGGUUGUACCUUUGAUUCUUUGA